UUUCACCCCCAUCUCUCUCCUUCAAGGGUUUUCAUAUUUUUCUGGCUUUUGCCAACUUCCCAACCUCUGAAGCAAAAGCCUCUCCUUUUCAUUUAGCACAAAGCUUUCCUGCUUCUUCUUCAUAUAAACCCAAGACCCAACCUUUUCCCUCUAGAAUCACUAGUGCUUCUUUUUUUUUGAAUGAUGGGUUUGAGCUUUUGAGGCUUUGAGCUCCUUCAGUCUCUCUCAGAGUUUCCUCAUUACAGUGACUCACCACAAAGCAAGUCCCUUUAAUCCACUUUAGAAUUUAAUCACACACAGCAUUGGAACUAAAAAUUAAGUACGCAUAGAAAUAUGGUGGGGGGUAAACGGUAUGGUGCUUCUUCGGAUAUGAGUGCUGUUUUUCAAAACGAAAGGCCUCCUUGCUCUUCUGAAGUUCUUGAGUCUCUUUGGAUUCCCACUUCAUCUUCAUCUUUUCAUGGUUCAAAUUCAAUGGUCAAUUUCGAAAGUGUUAGUGGUGGAGACAUCGACAAGUCACUCUUCCACCCUAUUGAUAAAGAAGAAAAUGGGGAUGAGGAUUAUGAAGGUAGCCAGCUGCAUCAUCCCGGAAAGAAGAGACGCCUCACAGUGGAUCAAGUUCAGUUUCUAGAGAAGACCUUUGAGGUAGAAAACAAACUCGAACCAGAUAGGAAAGUCCAACUUGCCAAAGACCUUUGCUUGGAGCCUCGCCAAGUUGCAAUUUGGUUUCAAAACAGGCGGGCUCGGUUUAAGACCAAGCAGCUCGAAAAGGACUAUGACUCUUUGAGAGCUAGCCUUGACAAGCUCAAGGCUGAUCAUGAGAAUCUAAAGAAGCAGAAUGGAAAUUUGAAGAAUGAGAUUGAUUCCCUCAAGGACAAGUUGCUUUUGAGAGAGAACGAAACUGGGAAUUUGGAGUCAAAUGAUGAUGGAAUCAAUUCGACAAAAAUGGAUAUCCAAGUUGGAUUUCCAAACAAUGCUGCUGAUGUUUAUGUGCCGGUUAUGGUAUGCAAGCAAGAAGAUGCAAGUUCUGCCAAAAGUGAUGUGUUUGACUCGGAUAGCCCACGUUGCAAUGAAAACCAUUCAUUGUUGUUAGAACCUACUACAACUGCUGAUUCCUCUCAUGGUUUUGAACCUGCUGAUUACUCAGAUUUCUCACAGGACAAUGAAGAUGACAACAACCUCACCAAAAGCCUUUUGCAUUUACCCUCACCUUGCUUGUUAAAACUGGAAGACAUCUGCUACGAUGAUCCCCCUGCAAUUUCUAGUAAUUUCGAAUUCAUCCGAGUGGAAGACCAGCAUCACUUUGGUUUUUGGCCUUACUGAGAAGUUGUAUUCCACAUCAAAAUCCUCUGCAUUUCUGGUAGUUUGUAUUCCCGCUGGAAAAUCAGCACUGCUCUUUUGAUCAAGGCCUCCCUGGGAAUCACAUUUUAGAUUGAACUUGUGUCAUUGUCCAUCAUGCAAUGUCAAGGUCUCGGUUGUAAUUACGAUCAACUAGCAAUAAACCAAAAUUAUUAUGCCAA